AGUCCUGCCAACCUUCUACUCUCCCAGGACACAGAGACAAUCUACAUCUCUCGCUGCUCCGUCCACCUCAUUCUGUGCCGGCCAUGGCAGUCCAGGAGCCCCUCCACGUGAAGACCCCGCUGCGUGACAGCAUGGCCCUGUCCAAAGUGGCUGGCACCAGUGUGUACCUAAAGAUGGAUAGUUCUCAGCCCUCAGGCUCCUUCAAGAUCCGAGGCAUUGGACACCUCUGCAAGACGAGGGCAGCACAAGGCUAUAGACAUUUUGUCUGCUCUUCAGCGGGCAAUGCAGGCAUGGCGACGGCCUAUGCUGCCAGAAGGCUGGGCAUUCCGGCCACUAUCAUUGUACCUAGCACCACGCCCACCCUCACCAUUGAGCGGCUCAAGAAUGAAGGUGCCACAGUUGAAGUCGUGGGAGAGAUGUUGGAUGAGGCCAUCCAGCUGGCCAAGGCUCUAGAAAAGAACAACCCGGGCUGGGUGUACAUCCAUCCCUUCGAUGACCCUCUCAUCUGGGAAGGCCACACUUCCAUCGUCAAGGAACUGAAGGAGACGCUGAGUGCCAAGCCUGGGGCCAUUGUGCUCUCCGUUGGCGGCGGGGGCCUGCUGUGUGGAGUCGUCCAGGGGCUGCAAGAGGUGGGCUGGGAGGAUGUGCCCGUCAUCGCCAUGGAGACCUUCGGUGCCCACAGCUUCCAUGCUGCCAUCAAGGAAGGGAAGCUGGUCACCCUGCCCAAGAUCACCAGUGUUGCCAAGGCCUUGGGUGCGAACACUGUGGGGGCGCAGACCCUGAAGUUGUUUUACGAACACACCAUUUUCUCCGAGGUCAUCUCGGACCGGGAGGCUGUGUCCGCUAUUGAGAAGUUUGUGGAUGACGAGAAGAUCCUAGUGGAACCCGCGUGCGGCGCAGCUCUGGCUGCAGUGUACAGUGGUGUGGUGUGCAGGCUGCAGGAUGAGGGCCGGCUGCCAAGGCCGCUGGCUUCACUGGUGGUGGUUGUGUGUGGCGGCAGCAACAUCAGCCUGGCCCAGCUGCAGGCUCUCAAGGCACAGCUCGGUCUGAAUGGGCUGCCCAAGUGACCCCGCACCCCUAAGUAGUGUGGGCAGAGGAUGCACCUGACAGUGGCCCCACCCUCCUUUACCCGUGUUUAUAAUG